AGUCGUUAGGUGAGAGAGGCGGGGUUUUCCGAGAACGAACGGUAAGCUCUCCAGAACAAAAAGGAAAAAGAGAAACUUUGUAUCUUGUUGAUAUUUUAGAUUUUUAAUAGAAUGUAAACUCUCCCGGAAACACAGCACACACUUUACUACAGCGGGGGUUUAAAGCGUUAUGGGGACGAGAUCGAGUCGAUUACAGGAGGAAUCGGUGUGCGGACCGCUGGAGAAGGACGGCGCCGUGAAGCGGGAGUCUUUCCGGCGGAUCCGCGGCGCCAGGCCCAGCAGCCUCGCGCUCGAUUUCUCCUCCAGCUUCGACCGCGACUCGGAGGCAAACCAGAGCCGCAGUGAGGAGGGCAGCGACUCGGACACCGGCCGCCGCGUUUCCCCGACCGACGGCGAUAACAGUACCGCCCGCAGUGUAGAGCCGGAGAUCGAUAACGAUAACGAUGACGACACUCCCGGGAGCCCCGAGCGGUUCUCCUCACAGGAACCGGCGGCUAGUGUCGCGCUCCGGGCCUCCGCUGAGCGACUAGCCGGGGCACGGAGACACUCCUCCGGGAGGAACAGCACUGCGAGAUCGGUGCGGGUUCGGACCGCCAGACCGGUGUCAGAGGCGUGGAUCGGACUCUACAGAGUCAGACACAGCACAGUGCGCUGUCCGUUCUGCACCAGGAUGUUCCCCGGAGGUCGUAUUGAGGAGCACCUGCUGACCUGUCUCACCUCUCCACCUCUGCCUUAUAACACUGAUAUUCUGAGUAAAGACAGUGGAGAGUGUUGUAUCUGUCUGGAGGAGAUGCUGCAGGGGGACACCAUCGCUCGCCUCGCCUGCCUCUGCGUCUACCACAAAAAGUGUAUUGACUCAUGGAGCUCAGUGAAGCCCUGCUGCCCUGAACAUCCUUUCAACUGAUUUCCUCUCUGACUGCUCAACUCAGGUCACACACACACACACACACUGUGUUUCCCACACCGCCAACACCACCGAAAACAUCGAACACUGCCUUUAAACACACAGAAAUGUGUUCUUCAGCACUUUACCCUGAGAAAUGACCUUACAGAGCGGGUUAGAGCUGGAACUGAAUUAUUGUAAUGAAAUCAUAGAAACAACACGCAGUGUAUUCAGACUGAGGAUAACUUCUGAAUGGGCAAGAACACGUAACGUAGGAAACACUUCCCCUACAUGUAGAGUGGGGAGGAUCUCUCUCUCUCUCUCUCUCUCUCUCUCUCUUUCUCUCUCACACACACACACACACACACACCCCUCUCAUGUAGAUAAAUUAGUUAACUGGGUUAGUGUUAGUCAGCAGUCUUCUUGCCAUGAAUUUAAGAUCUACUGGACUGAGCACACUUUUUUAGUUAUGGAUUAGUGUGUGUGUGUGUGUGUGUAUGUGGUGUGUUUCAGGACUCCAUGCUGCUGCUCACUCCGUCAGUGUACUACAGUGUGGGAGGAGGAGGACUGAAAUGUUAUCAUUUUGGUGUUUUACUUUUGGCCAGCGCAGGACGCCGCUCGCUCGGAGACUGAGCUGAAAGAACUGAAGAAGCCGUGAAGACAAGCAGAACCGAUUCUCACUCAGAAAGCAGAACGAAACAAGCCUCUGGGGGGUGGGGGGAGGCGGGGUUAUGGGAGGGUGUUGGUUGAUUGGUUGAUUGGUUGGUAAACUAAAGGAGUUUAUUUUAUUAUCUGUAGAAUGCGACUGUCUUGCACUAGAGAUGAAAACAGCAUUUCAUUUUUUUUUUAUAAGUGCAGUUUGGACCUUGGUUCUCGUCUCAUCACACUUCAGGAGCUUCAGAUCAAAGACCUGCUUAUAUUUUCCCUGCAAUUCGACUGGCCGUGGCUUCGUGUGGGCGGGGCGGGGCUGGGAGAUCGGUUAGGGUUGAUUUUUUGGGGUCGGGGGGGGAGGGACGUGGACGUCUGAAUGAGUCGGACUCUUCAUAAAGCCACCAGCCCCAGCCACCCCCCCCACCCCCCAUCACACACACACACAGCCAGGUGUCUCUUACACUCGCUCUCAUCCACAGGGUUUAUAGAGUUUUUGACUUUCUCCAGCAUGAACGGUUUAAACACACAUGCAUUUAUUAAACACAGAAAUUCUGUUUAUCUUAAUAAUAAUAAUAAUAAUAAUAAUAAAUAAUUACUAUCAUCAUUAUAGCAUCAAUUAAGAUCUCACAGUGGUUUACAUUAAAUUACAGUCUGCCUAAGGUUUAUUAUUAUUAUUAUUAUUAUUAUUAUUAUUAUUAUUAUUAUUAUCAUCCUCCUCCUCACUCUGGAUUUUUUGCCAAAACCUUUGUUGUAAAAAAUGUGUAUAAUGAACUUUAUUUCUGUAGCAUUUUUAUUGCCAACAUUAAGUGUGUGUUUCAACCUUUCAGGUGUGAUGUCAUCACUAUUGUCCUCAUUAUCAUCAUCAUCCAUCUAUUUUCUAUACCCGCUUUAUUCCUAAUUAGGGUCACAGGGAUCUGCUGGAGUCUAUCCCAGCACACAUUAGGGUGAAAGGCAGGGGUCCACCCUGGACAGGUCACCAGUCCAUCACAGGGCCACACAUAUAGACAGACAACCACACACACACACACACACACACACACACACCAUCACUUUAGCUAUUGUUUCUAAGGGCUAUGAGAGGACUUUCCUCUGGAGUUUAGAGAGAGACGUGUGUGUUAAAGGUUGUGCAGUUUCACAGAUAAUCAUGAUAAAGACUACCCCUGGUGAGGAAGGUGAUGAUGAAGGUGACGAUGAUGUAAUUUACAGUGAGUGAAAUGCUGUUACAUCUCAAACACCUCAUGAUUGACUCUUUUUUAUAUCAACAGUGUAUAAUGUUACAUGAUAAAAUUUGGAUAUGAAUUGUCUGCAUAUUUACACACACACAGUGUUUAUUUAUUACAGUGUAAACAGGUUUGCCUGGUUCAUUUUGUAUGUCUGUAAAGAAUAAUGGUUUUGUAUGUAUUUUUACAAUAAAGAUGUUUUAAGAUUUGGACAA